UGGUUUAGCCAAAAAGUAUCUCUUAUCUCCAUGUGAAAAAGUAAAAAAUAUGCUCAAAGGAUUUUUACUUUUAUUAUUUUUUUAGCGCAGAAUAAACCUUUGGUUUUAGUUAUAGUAAUAAAUAAUAAUGGCAGACGAAGAAAUUAAUGGUGAUACUGACGAUAUUCAGCAUGACAAAGAUAAAACGCAGAAGAAGACUGCCAAACAUGAUAGUGGAGUAGCAGAUUUGGAGAAAGUUACAGAUUAUGCAGAAGAAAAAGAAAUUUCCUCUCAAGAUAUUUCUGGUGCAUUAUCACUAAUUGGCGAUAGAAGAAAUAAAGAAGCUGCAGAAAGGUUAGAAAAAGAGAAAGAACUACAAAAGGUUGCUGUCAAGAAGGAUGACAUAGAAUUAAUUGUGAAGGAAUUGGAGAUCUCGAGAACACUAGCUGAAAGAACUUUAAGAGAACACAGAGGUGAUGUGGUGGCAGCGUUAACAACACUUACAAACUGAUGUGAAACUUUGUUGACAUGUUCUUGGUGGAAUGCUGUUUUAGUUCUAAGUUUAUUGAAUAGAUUUUUCUAUCCAAUAACAA